AUGGUCAGACAGAUUCUUAAAGUUGCCAACUUCAGAACCGUGUCCAGGUGCUGGGUGCCAGCUCUGAUGGCCCAGCAGCAGCCGAUGCUGAGAUUCUUUUCUUCCAGACAGAGGUGUAUCAACUUCAACAACAUCAACGAGCACGACAACUCUGUCAACUUGAUCUCAAACGACGAUGUGUUUGCUGCCGAGGAAAUCAAGCACCAGAACGAGGCUCCCUUUGAGCCUACGGUGUUCUCGUCAGAGGAUGUCUUCACUGCUGGUCCAGUGAACAAGGCAUGA